AUGGAUAAAGCAGCUGAGCUCGUCGAGGGCAUCAAGAAUGUUACUCUUGGGGGAGAGGCCGCGGCCCCUGAGGCUAAACCUACGAGCGUCAAACCUAAAGGCGAAAAGAAGGCAAAGAAGGCUGCAGCGAAGGGUGCUGUCGACGCUACACCAUUGGAGCUCGAACCUGCGCCGGAAUUCAUUCCCCAUAGAAUCCAGCUUUUUGAGAAGCUCAAGGCCGAAUACGACGCUGAAAUUGCUGCAAAACCCCGUGAGGAGAUCACGGUUACUUUGCCUGACGGCUCCGUCAUCGUGGGAAAAUCAUGGGAAACCACCCCUGCAGAAAUCGCACGAAACAUAGCCAAGAGCCUUUUCGAGAAGACUGUGAUUUCUAGAGUUGAUGGCCAAUUGUGGGAUAUUGAAAGACCACUGGAGAAAUCAUGUUCUUUAGAAUUGCUUGACUUUGAAAACCCAGAAGGAAAGCGCGUCUUCUGGCACUCCUCUGCCCAUGUCCUCGACGACGGUUUCUUCUACGAGAUGGGACUCGGCGAAGGCGAGGCUGUCACUGCUGCGGAUUACAAGCCACUAGAAACCAUUGCGCAGAAGGCUAUCAAAGAGAAACAGCCAUUCGAGCGUUUGGUAGUUUCAAAAGAAAACUUACUUGAAAUGUUCAAGCACAACAAGUACAAGCAGGUCUUGAUCGGGUCAAAGGUUCCGGAUGGUACUAGUACCACUAUUUACAGGUGUGGACCUUUGAUUGAUCUGUGUGUUGGGCCCCAUGUUCCACACACCGGUAGGAUAAAGACCUUUCAGGUUAUGAAGAAUUCAUCGUCUUACUUCCUCGGCGAUGCUGCGAAUGACUCAUUACAACGUAUUUACGGUAUCAGUUUUCCAGAUAAGAAGCAGAUGGAUGAGCACAAGAAGAUGUUAGAGGAGGCGGCCAAGCGCGACCAUCGCAAGAUUGGAAAAGAACAGGAGCUCUUCUUCUUCCACGAACUCUCCCCUGGGUCAUGCUUCUUCCUUCCUCAUGGUACAAGAAUCUAUAACACCUUGGUCGAAUUUCUCCGUUCGGAGUACUGGAAGCGCGGCUAUGAGGAAGUAAUUACCCCAAAUAUGUAUAACUCGAAGCUCUGGGAAACCAGUGGACAUUGGCAGAACUAUCAGGAGAACAUGUUCACAUUUGAGGUUGAGAAGGACAAGUUUGGUCUCAAGCCUAUGAACUGUCCCGGGCAUUGUUUGUUGUUUGGACACCGCGAGAGGAGUUACCGUGAACUCCCAUGGCGGGUUGCGGAUUUUGGAGUUAUUCACCGUAAUGAGUUCUCUGGCGCCCUUACCGGAUUGACCAGGGUGAGAAGAUUCCAGCAGGAUGAUACCCACAUAUUCUGUACCGAGGAUCAGGUUGGGCAGGAGAUUCACGGGCUCUUUGAUUUCCUGAAGCAUGUCUACGGACUGCUUGGUUUUACUUUCAAGCUGAAACUUUCCACUCGUCCAGAGAAGUUCGUUGGUGAUAUCGCGACUUGGGAUAUGGCGGAAAACCAGUUAAAAACCGCUCUUCAGGAGUUCACUGCUGCUGGUGGGGGACAAUGGGAACUUAACCCUGGUGAUGGUGCUUUCUACGGCCCGAAAAUUGACAUUACCAUCUCUGAUGCUCUUCGCCGUGACCAUCAAUGUGCCACAAUUCAACUCGACUUCCAGCUCCCGCAGAGGUUCAAGCUUGAGUACAACACCGGCGAGGUUGUCAAAGCUAAAGAUGAGGCGGGCAAUGAAGAAGUUUCGCACUACAAGAGGCCCGUCAUGAUCCAUAGGGCUAUCUUCGGAAGUGUUGAGCGUUUCAUUGCUAUUUUGACUGAGCACUUUGCAGGGAAGUGGCCUUUCUGGUUGAGCCCAAGGCAAAUCCUCAUUAUCCCUGUUAUGGCUGCUGCGAACGAUUACGUCGUAGAGCUCCAGUCAUUGUUCAGAGCUAAGCUUAUGCAUGUGGAUAUUGAUGUUGGUCCGAACACAAUGGCAAAGAAGAUUAGAACUGGACAACUUCAGCAGUAUAACUUCAUCUUCGUUGUCGGCGCCACGGAAAGAGACACGAGGACAGUAAACAUCAGAAACAGAGACGACCCGGAGACCCAAGCCAAGGGAGAACUCAUCCCAGUUGAAGAGGCUUUAGAGAAGAUUUGCAAACUUAGAGAUGAGAGGAGGGCUGUCAACUCUAUUUAG